CUCGUAGCAGGUGGAGGCCUUGGCGGACUGGGAAACCCACAUUUUACAACGACCGACAAUCGUUCUCCCAAAUUCGCAACACGCGGGCAGGAGGGGGAGCGCAUCACAUUGUCGCUGGAGCUCAAACUUCUGGCUGAUGUUGGUCUGGUGGGGAUGCCCAACGCGGGUAAAAGCACACUACUCCGCGCUCUUACCGGCGGGAGAGCGAAGAGCGAAAUUGCUGGGUACGCUUUCACGACGUUGAACCCUAUCGUGGGUAUCACCAGGAUUCGUCAUGGCCACCACUUUGAUCUUUUUGAGUCCUUCCGCUUCACCAUUGCCGAUAAUCCAGGUCUCAUCUCGCGUGCGUCGGAAAACGUGGGUCUAGGCCACGCUUUCCUUCGGUCGAUGGAACGCUCUCUGGCUCUCGUUUAUGUUGUGGAUUUGUCUGCACCAAAUCCCUGGGAUGAACUCCGCGUUCUGUUUGAAGAGCUUGAGAAGUACCAACCUGGGAUGAGCUCGAAGGCACGGAUGGUGGUCGCCAAUAAAGCUGAUCUUUUGGCUGGA